AUGGAACCAGGUCCUGGUAUCAAAAGCUCUGACAUGGUGGACCCCACUCAUCUGUGUUAUGAGAAUGUCAACAGGUCCUGUGUCAGAGCCUACAUCUUCUCUCCAGCUAUAAAAGGGAUCCUUUACAUUAUCUUCAGCUCGAUGGUUGUGCUCACCGUGGCUGGAAAUAUGCUGGUUAUCAUAUCUAUCCUCCACUUUAAACAGCUCCACACCCCCACCAACUACCUCAUGCUGUCCCUGGCUGCGGCUGACCUGCUACUGGGGGCUUUAAUUCUCCCUACCAGCAUGACCUACUCUGUGGAGAACUGCUGGUACCUUGGACACCUGUUUUACCGCUACUAUGCUGUUUGCCAUCCUUUACGCUACACAACAGCUAUCACUAUUCAGUCAGCUUUGGUCAUGGUGAUGGUGAGCUGGGGAGUGUCUGCUCUGGUGGGCUUUGGGAUGAUCUUCCUGGAACUCAAUAUGCUGGGUGAAGAGGAGUUCUACUAUGAGCAUGUGCUCUGUGAGGGGGGUUGUGUGGUGUACCAGACUGCCACUGCUAGCUCCGUCUCCUCCUCUCUCUCCUUCUACCUCCCUGCACUCAUCAUGCUCUGCAUCUACCUCAAGAUCUUCCUGGUGGCCCAGAGACAGGCUCGCAGCAUCCAGAGCACCACCUUUCAGAACCAGAAGUCUGGAGCUGUGGCCAGUAAGUCAGAGAGAAAGGCCUUCAGAACCCUGGCUAUCGUCAUGGGAGCAUUUUUAUGUUGCUGGACUCCGUUUUUUCUCUGCAAUGUUUCCACUCCUUAUCUUGUACACUCCAACCUUCCUCUUUUGAUGGCAAUCACAAAUACAAUGGGCUUUUCAAACUCCUUUCUUAAUCCCAUAGUGUAUGCCUUCUUUUACAGUUGGUUCAGGAGGGCAUUUAGGAUGAUUGUUUUUGGUUCCAUAUUUCAGCCACAAUCAUCAAACACUAAAUUGGUUUCAGAGUAA